UUUUAGUGAUAUUAUGGAAGAAUAUUGGACACUAUCCAAUCAUGAAAAUGUUGCUAGAAUGCGUCUAAAGUUGGAACCACAAUUAUAUCCCAAUAAACAUGACAAUGCCUCAAAGUUACGUGACAAUGCCACAAAUCAUUAUGAUGCCAAAGAAAUUUCCGAAUUUGAUUCGACAAUUAAAAACGUAGUUGUACGCGACUUUUUAGCCAACGAUGAAAAUUCACAAUUGGAAGAAGAUUUACGCCAGACAAUAGAACAACAAUCACAACAAGACAAUACUUUAGAGAAAUUAGUCAUAUCUCAGGAGUGUGAAUUGAUAACUUUAAUGACCAAAGUUAAGGGUCGCAUAGAAGUUAAUCAAACAUUAUUUACAUUUAUUGACUUGAGUCCACCAGCAGAAGAUGGUUCAAAACAUGAUUUUAGAUUUUCUAUAAAUAAAAUACGUGAGGUUCACUUAAGAAAAUUUAAUUUAAGAAGAAGUGCUUUGGAAAUCUUUCUAAUCGAUCAAACAAGUUAUUUUUUGAAUUUUACCACCAAGACUCGUAAUAAAAUAUUUUCAAAAAUCUUAAGUCUACAACCGCCAAAUAUAUUAUAUGGUUCCGGUAGAUCACCAGCAGAGCUGUUGAAAACUUCCGGUUUAACACAGAAAUGGGUGAAUCGUGAAAUAUCGAAUUUUGAAUAUCUUAUGUAUUUAAAUACGAUAGCAGGUCGUUCUUAUAAUGAUUUAAGUCAAUAUCCAGUCUUCCCUUGGAUUUUAGCUGACUACACAAGUGAUAUAUUAGAUUUAACUGAUCCCAAAUCCUUUAGAGACCUUUCUAAACCUAUAGGAGUGAUAAAUCCCAAAAAUGAAGCCGAGGUACGCUCGAAAUACGAUUCAUUUGAAGAUCCCUCCGGUGGUAUACCGAAAUUUCACUAUGGCACUCACUAUUCCAAUUCCGCUGGUGUACUACAUUAUUUAUUGAGAGUGGAACCGUUUACCUCGUUGCACAUUGAAUUGCAGAGUGGUCGUUUCGAUGUGGCCGAUCGUCAAUUUCAUUCUAUACCACAGACAUGGAAACUUUUAAUGGACAAUCCGAAUGACGUUAAAGAGUUGAUACCGGAAUUUUUCUAUUUUCCUGAAUUUUUAAAGAAUAUGAACAAAUUUGAUUUGGGUCAUUUGCAAAUAACGAAGGAAAAAGUUGAUGAUGUUAUACUGCCACCUUGGGCGACCACACCUGAAGAAUUUGUUGCCAUACACCGCAGAGCCUUGGAAUCGGAAUAUGUUAGUCAAAAUUUACAUAAUUGGAUUGAUUUGAUAUUCGGCUACAAACAAAAAGGACCCAAAGCUGCCGAAGCCUUAAAUGUUUUCUACUACUGUUCUUACGAGGGAGCUGUUGAUUUGGAUAAGAUCACCAAUCCAGUAGAAAGAGAAGCAGUUGAAGGCAUGAUUAACAAUUUCGGUCAAGUUCCUUCACAAUUGAUGCGUGAACCACAUCCGCGUCGUUUAACUCAGGAAGAAACAACUCUAAAACUUUUAAGAGCCGAAUUAAAGCGACCCGAUUUGACACAAUUUCUCGAUAAGGUUGUACAAUAUUAUUGUGAAAUUUCAGCACCAAAAGAUCCUAUAGUCUAUUUGAGUCCACCAAGAUCACCACCGCGUUCUUUUCUACAACUAAGUCCUGAUAUGCUGGUAAGCAUAUCAAAAUCUUGUAUUUUAGGUUGUAAUUCUUGGAUGUCAUACGAUAAGGAUAGAGGUUUUCUACUGGAAAUUGAUGCCACUACUACGAACUUAAAAAAUCGUAAACGUAUAUUUGGUCCCUUACAUCCCUCACAAAUGCCUCAUUCGCAAAUGUUUGCUAUUAGCACGGACGGCAAACUUUUGUAUGCGGGCGGUAUAUGGGAUAAUUCUUUAAGGGUUUAUAGUUUGCACAAAGGAAAAACAUUGGCCUCGGUAACCAGACAUUUAGAUAUUAUCACCUGUCUGGCUUUAGACAAUUGUGGCUCUUAUUUGGUAACGGGUUCUCGUGACUGCACCUGCAUAAUCUGGAGUAUCCAAGGUUUACAUUCUGGUGCUAAUAAUAACUCCUCCAAUAUACCGGUUCAUGCUCUAACCAGCCAAACUAAUUUGCAGUCCAUAAUGCAGUUGAAUACACAAAAUAGUUUUUCACCCAAACCCUUGACAACAUUAUACGGUCACGAUGAUUCGAUAUCAAGUGUAGCCAUCUAUACUGAACUGGAUAUGGUGGUGUCGGGUUCAUUGGACGGCACUGUUAAUGUUUAUACCAUACAAGAUGGUCAAUUUGUUCGCACUUUAAAGCCAAUUGGUUGUACAGAGUUUUGUGUACAGAUAUCGUAUGUAACAGUUUCAUAUCAUGGUCAUAUUGCAUUUAGUGCUUUGGAUGAUACAUCUCAUUCAGUACACGUUUACAGCAUUAAUGGCACCAGUUUAGGUUCCAAAUAUGUAUCGGGUCGUGUUACAGGUUUGGCCACAGCAUCGGAUUAUUUAGUUGUAGCCGAUGAUGCUGGUGAUAUAACAUUAAGUCGUUUGCAUGGCCUUAAGCCGGUAUUUGAUAUACCGUUACAUGUGCCCAUACAAACCGUAGUCGUAACACCGGGUAAUACACAUAUUCUAGCUCCAUUACGUGAUGGACGUUUAGCUGUUGUAGCUGUUCAUUUACCUGUAGGUAUUAAAAAACACUCUGUUCUUAAUGUAUAGGUAUAGUAGUCGAAGGAUAUGUUACACGAGAGAGCUAUUUAAUGAGAAAACGAAUUGUUUCAACGAAUUGUUUUUUUAUUUUUUUAUUUUAUAUUUAAUCUAUAUAAAAACUAUUUUGUUUUUAAUUAUUUAAAUACUAUUACUAAUUAAUUAAUACUUAUGCAAAUCAAUUUAAUUAAUACGUUUUAAAAGUCAUUAGUUAGAGAUGAAAGGGGUUUUCAUUUGUUAUUGGUGUUUCCCCGUCUAAUCUAUUCUAACAUAUUAGUAAAACCAUUAGUGUAACACACUUAUUAAGAUUUAUUUUUUAUGUAAUCUUAACUUAAACAGUUUCAGCUGAAUUUUUUUAAAUUAAUAACUAUAAAUGGGGAAACAAAUAUGAUGCAACAGAUUUCAAACAUUUAUCAAUUAUAUUUGUAACGAAAAACGGAAACAGAACUUUAGAAAAUUACUUUGAAUGAUUUAUAUAUUUUAAUAUGAUAGCUUAAGUCUUUGUGUGACAAGUUUCUGUGACGACUCCCCAGCCGUGGCAUUGUGCUCCUUAAACGCCGGUAGCAAUUUACAGUAUAUGUGCACUUUGCUUGUACUUGUCUUUGUAGCGAGCUUCUGCGAUCACUCAACAUCGCCGAUCACUCACCAUCACCAACAGACGUAACCGAUAGACCGAAGUACAAAUAAAUCGAAGACUUUGUUCUUGGUAAAUCUGGGAUAAACAGAGUUUUCUCUGGCCAGAUCAUAUGAUUCUCUGGUUCGAACCCAUGUCAAAUAAUUCCUAGGAAUGUCCAAGGAGUGAAUUGACAUCUCUCGCCGCUUUUCCCGGAAUUGCAAUAACACCAGGAUGAGGUCUUUCAUCAAGGUAACAUGACAUGGGGGAGAAAUACAUAUAAUCUGGUUAAUCGUCAUGACUAGAUUGAAAUAUGAUGACAAACAAAUUAUCCAAAUUUGACUCUUUAAGUCAGUCAUCUUGCGAAUCCUAUUAAAUCAUAGAUUCUUGUUUAAUUGGAUUGUAAAUAAUCAGAAUUGCCGCAUAAAAUCCAAUUCACAACAGACCCGACAGACUCCAUUACUUCCGAUAAACUCGUGAUAUGAUCAAUUAAGAUCGUUACCGCGCCAUGAUCAAUUAAAUGAUCUGAGCAAGAUAUGAUCUCAAGAGGAUUCCGAUAUAUAUAUCAUACGGCGAGUCAAGGUCAAGCGAUUUGACCCCUAUUGAUGACUUUCUAUGACGCUUUAAAAGCCGACAUUGUUUGUAAUAUACGGAGAUGCAAAUCUGUGGUUUUCAUUAGCACGAAGUUAUUUCAAAUGAUAAAUCAAUCAAAGUUUUUGAGAUACCUUCCACAUUCGAAUCUUUAGUCAUUUUGAUUUGUAAAAUUUAUUAUGUCGUCUAAAAUUUUAAGCCAUUGGCUUUAAUAUACAGAUAUAACCCCUGUUAUAUAUUGUCCUUACUUUCAAAUAUCUCUAUAUAAAGUUUCAAACAACUAUAAAUGUUUCUGACAAUAAAAUAAUUACUUGUGAAAUAUCGAUAGCGCAACAUUACCAGUUCGUCUCAAGGAAUUGUUGAGUCCCCGAGUUACUAAAAGGUGCAUUAAUACGAUAUGUAUAACCAUUAAUAUGUUUCUAGUUCAACAAUUUGUGCGCCUUAAUGAAAAAAUAUGUUUUAGAUCUUUUACCUCGAUCUAAGUCAUUAUUUUUUUCUAUUUCUUCUUCUUUGUUAUUCUUUUAAAGGAUUCUACAAAAAUUUCAAUUGAUUUUUAAACCUAAUCCAAAAACCUACAGCGAAACAAUUAAUUAAACCACUUAAUUGGAACAAAUUCAAAAGUCACGUAAGCCACCGAGAAUUCGUUUUAAGUUUUGUAGUUUGUAAUAAAUCAUUUUUAAUAGAAUGAUUAAAAUUUACUGAUUACAUUGCUCUUAAUACAUAUUUCCGGAUCAUUAAAAAAAUACUAAACAUUUAAAUGAACAUCAUAUACGAAUGCGAUGAUUUAGAUCAAUACAAAUGUAAAGUAAAAUCAUCUUAAAAAAAAUUCCCAUAAAUUAAGAAAAAAAAAGAAAUAAAAUUUUCCGUUAUUACUAAUUUAACAAUUACUACACUGAGGACGCGAUUGACGAGACAUUUUAAUAAAUUUUGGUUAUCACUUGGACUAGACUAUAGACUAGACUAUAUAGACUAGACUAUAGACUAGACUACAUAGACUAGACUAUAGACUAGACUAUAUAGACUAGACUAUAGACUAGA